AUGGCAGCUGAAAAUUUUGUUCAACCCGCUAUUCCUCGUUUUGAUGGUUACUACGACCAUUGGAGCAUGCUAAUGGAGAAUUUCCUGAGGUCGAAAGAGCUUUGGUGUGUUAUUGAGAUUGCAGUUGCAGAGCCAACUGCGGGGACGUCAGAAGAGCAACAGACAAGAUUGGAGAUGUUGAAACUGAAAGAUCUCAAAGCAAAAAAUUAUCUUUUUCAGGCCAUCGAACGUCCCAUCUUGGAGACAAUCCUAUGCAAAGAUUCUUCCAAGAGUAUAUGGGACUCCAUGCAGAAAAAUUAUGAAUGUUCUACAAAAACAAAGAGGCAGGAGCUUCAAGCACUUCGUAUAGAGUUCGAAACACUCCGCAUGAAGUCGGGAGAGUCAGUUACAGAAUAUCUCUCUCGUACAACCGCGAUUGUCAACAAGAUGAGAAAUCAUGGUAGCAAAAUAGAUGAUUCUGAUGUUGUUGAAAAGAUUCUUCGAUCCAAGACACCGAAGUUCAAUUUUGUUGUGUGCUCCAUAGAGGAAGCUAACAACGUGGAAAACCUUUCCUAG